AUGACUAUAAAUGUAAAUUCUUCAUCAAAAUCUAAUCUUCAAUCUCAUUAUGGACCAUCAACAAGUGAAUUAAUACUUGUAUUAUGGGUUUUUACUUUAUUUUGUGAAGAAAUUCGACAAAUAAGAGCGAAUAAAGUUCACUCACUAUAUAAGAAGAUCAAAGUAUAUCUUUCUAUAUUUUGGAAUAAAUUAGAUACAUUAGCUAUAAUUCUAUUUAUUCUUGGUUGUAUUCUUCGUUUUUUACCAAUAAAUCAAUGUUUUUGUUUUGCACGGAUAGUAUUAGCUAUUGAUUUAUGUAUUUGGUAUAUUCGAACACUUGAUAUAUUUUCAGCUAUAAAAAGACUUGGUCCUAAACUUGUUAUGAUUGGAGAAAUGAUUCAUGAUCUUAAAUUUUUUAUGUUAAUGCUUAUUGUAUUUAUAUUAGCAUUUGGUGUACCAGCUUAUAGUUUAUUAGAUGGUAUUGAGAAACAUUCUUGGCAUAUGCCACGUUAUAUAAUCAAUUUUGCUUAUUGGCAAAUAUUUGGUGAAUUACAAGAAAUUGAUCAAAUUGAAAAAAAUUAUGAAUUAAGUGGUUAUGUUAUGUUUUUCUUAUUAGUUGCAUAUAUGACUGUUGCAAAUAUUCUUUUAAUUAAUCUUCUUAUAGCAAUGUUUAGUAAUACAUUUGAUCGUUUACAUUCGGAUACAAAUUGUAUAUGGAAAUUUCAACAAUAUUCAUUAGUAUGUUAUGAAUUAAAACGUCCAUUAUUACCACCACCAUUGAUCAUCAUAUCACAUAUUUGGCGUAUAAUAAUUUAUAUGUUUUCACAUAUUAUUAAAAUAAAAUGGUUUUAUAUGAAAUAUAUUGAAGAAAAAAAUCAAGCUAAAAAAAUAAAGAUAAAUAAAAUAUUAACAAAACAAAUUGAAGAAAUUGAAGAUGCAUUAGGACAUGAAAUUUAUUUUUUUUCUUUAAAAAAUAAUCAAGAACAAAUUGAUUCUAAUGAAGAACGAAUAUAUUCACCACAAGAAAUUUCAUCAAAUAAAAUAAAAACACUUGAAAAUCAAAUUCAAAUAAUACAAAAUCAACAAAGUAAUAUGUUUCAAUAUUUCGAACGUUUAAUGAAUGGAAUUAAAAAAAUUGGUGGGAAUGAUAUUGAAAUGCCAAAAUGA